UACGAGUACGUUGUUGUAGAAUAGUGAGAAAAGAAAAUGCGAACGAUUUGCGACGUUUGUGAGAACGCUGCUGCGAUUCUUUUCUGUGCAGCUGACGAAGCCGCUCUUUGCCACUCCUGUGACGAGAAGGUUCAUAUGUGCAACAAGCUGGCUAGUCGACACGUGAGGGUGGGACUAGCGGCUCCGAGUGAUGUGCCACGCUGUGAUAUAUGUGAGAAUGCGCCUGCUUUCUUUUAUUGUGAGAUAGACGGUAGUUCCCUCUGCUUGCAAUGCGAUUUGGCUGUGCAUGUUGGUGGAAAAAGAACCCACGGGAGAUAUCUCUUAUUGAGGCAGAGAGUUGAGUUUCCAGGGGAUAAGCCAGGUCAUUUGGAGGAGCUAGCACUUCAAACUUUUGAUCCAAGUAAAGUAAGGAGGGACCAGACUCAACCACCUAAGAUCACGGCAAGAGUGAACCAGCAAAAUCAUAGGGCCUCUCCUGCUCCAAUGCUAGAUGGUGAUGCUGAUGGUGACGGCAAGGUGGAAAAUAAAUUAAUUGAUCUCAAUGCCAGGCCCCAACGAGGGCAAACUUCAAAUAAUCAGGAACAGGGCAUGGAUGUUCUGAGUGGCAGUAAUCAUGAGUCACAUGGCGUGGUUCCUGUUAGAUCCUUCAAAAGCGAUCCUGAAAAAUGAACAAGAUGUGUUGUUGGUGAUGUUCUUCCAAACUCAGCUCCUGGAUCGAGUAAAUGGUUUGAACAAGUUCAUAAGAGAAAUUUGUUUGCGUUUUCCAUUUGAUUAGGAUCUGUAUUCGCUGUGAAGAGUUGGAUAGAUGAAAUAGAAUUUUAACCUGUGUGUCAAAAGUGAUCAGGCUAACGCUACUCUGAUAAUGUGAAUAUAUUGCAAUAUUGAUACUCUGUACCAAAAAUAAUUUCAGUGAAUCUGAUGAGAGUGAUUCGAAAAACAUCCACAAUUCUAUCA